AUGGCUCCCUCAUUAUCACUCGCAAGUCUUUUGACCACCCUCUCUCUCGCAACCUCAACCCUCGCCCAAAACCCUCCCAUCUCCACCUCCCCUACCUUUGUCCUUUAUCCCUACAUCACCUCCGGCUCCCUCACAGGCCCCUACCCCAACGCCGCCAUCGACAAAUCCCAACCUCUCCGUCCCACCAGCGGCCGCGCCUCCGGCACCUGGACAACCGACUGCUUCAACCGACUCGUCUUCACCUCCUACAUCAGCCCCACGCACUGCUCCGGCGAGCAAUGCGGCUACCAGCGCUGGAGUCUCAACGCCACGGACCCCUCGGCCGGCGAGAAAGGCCAGACGCUCGCCGGGUAUAUCUCUGGCUUGUCGUCAAUGCUCAUUGUGGACGCGGACGAGUCCGGGAGGAGGGAUGUUGGUUGGACGGCGAAUGCUUGUGGGAAUGAGCCGAGGAUGAAGGGGUUCGAGAUUUCGGAUGAGGGGGAGGAGGGUUGGGUUGAGGGGGAUAUUUAUGGUCCGAGGGUGUUUUAUCGGAGGGAGGAGGGGGAGACGCCCGAGGGGUGUGCGGAGGUGUUGUUGGUGCCUAGGUGUGUGAAUGAGACGAGUCUUGUGCAGGGGGCGGUGGGGUCGAGGUGUUAUUUGGGCGGGUUGCCGGCGUGA